AUGCAUGGGAUAACAGACUAUCUUCUUCAUGUGCUUUCUCGGCACUGGUUAGCCGUGUGCUUCGGUGGACUCCUCCUCUGGGGUCUCAAGAAUCGAUAUAAGCAUGGCCUUCAUCGAUACCCAGGGCCCUUUCUGGCGUCUAUCACAGACUGGUGGCGCCUGGUUGAUGUGUAUGGCCGUCGGUCUGAAGUUACACAUCGAGCUCUUCACAAGAAGUAUGGAGAUGUCGUUCGUCUUGGACCGAAUACACUUUCCUUCUCUAGUCCAAAAGCCCUCAAGACUAUCUACGGUCUGAAUAAAGGAUUCAACAAGUCUGAAUUUUAUGUUGUGCAGCAGUCCAUUGCAAAGGGACAUCGUCUACAGUCCCUCUUCAGUACGACAGAUAAUGAUUUCCAUGCAAGAUUCCGUCGAUGUGUCAAUUCGGCUUUUGCAAUGUCGGCUUUGGUUCAGUACGAGCCUUUUGUUGACAAUACGACCAAGCUAUUUUUAGAACAGACGAAGAGCAUCUACGUCGACAAUCCUGAAGGUUGUGACUUUACCCAAUGGCUUCAGUUCUAUGCCUUCGAUGUGAUUGGAGAGAUCACAUACAGCAAAAGACAUGGCUUUGUGGAGAAGAACAAGGAUAUUGAUGGUAUCGUUGCCUAUUUGUCGUGGCUAUUUCUCUACGUCGCUCCUAUUGGACAAAUUCCUUUCCUAGACCGACUUCUACUAAAAAAUCCCAUUUACCUUAAACUCUCACAAUGGGGAUUCAUCGAUGCUACAUUCCCAGUUGCACGAUUUGCGGGAAACCGCAUGGCAGAGCGCAUGCCCGAGCUAGCCAAUGGUGAUUUGAAACCAGUUGCUGGCGCAAAAUCGCUAGAUCUUCUGUCCAAAUUCAUGGCUGCGCAUCAAUCACAUCCCGAGUUUAUGAGUGAAACUUUGGUUCAAACUAUGGCUGUGAGCAUGGCAUUCGCUGGCUCGGAGACAACAGCCAUCAGUCUUUCGGCGGUGUUUUACUUCCUUCUUAAGACACCCAAGGCAUUGGCACGUCUCCAGGCUGAGAUCGAUCAAGCUGGACGUGAUGGAGCCUUUGCGGACUCUGAAACGGGCCUGGUUACUUGGCAUGAGAGCCAACGUCUUCCAUAUCUCGAUGCUUGUAUAAAAGAGGCCUUCCGACUCCACCCGGCUGCUGGUUUGCCACUAGAGCGGGUUGUACCAGAAGGCGGGGCCGACAUUGCAGGCCACUUUGUUCAGGGCGGAACUAUUGUGGGUUGCUCUGCUUGGCUAAUCCAUAUGGAUAAAGGUGUUUUUGGUGACGAUGUAGAGCUAUAUUGGAAAACAAGGGAAGAGUCCCGAGUCAAGGAGAUGAAUGGUACCAUGUUCCAAUUUGGAAUGGGUAGCCGGACAUGCAUUGGAAAGAAUAUCAGCCUCCUUGAGAUUUAUAAGCUUGUCCCCAGCAUGUUGAGAAGAUUCGAGAUACAAUUCACUGAUCCCAAACAGGAGUGGGAGCUGGUGAAUGCUUGGUUUGUCAAGCAGAAAAACUUUACCACCUCAUUUGCGCUCAGGGAUAUUGUUGUUCCUCAGGGAUUGAGUGAGCACGCAGCGCCUGCUUAG